CUAUAGGAAAAUGAAGCAGCAUCUCUUGCUUAAGGAAAAAAUUAUAUCAAAAUCUUACAAGGCUUUAAUGAACUUGUUUCGAAGAAAGGAUGAUAGUACAUUAAGUGGCAGAGGAGGUAAAGAAUGUCUUGUUACUCUUUGUGGUGAAGAAGAAAAUCCUGUCUGUACCUUUGACGAAAAGUUAUCAGACAAUUUUCAAGAUUUAGAACAGCUAGUAGAGAAGAUGUGGUAUCGGGUAAUAGAAGAUAGCUUGGUUAUUGGAGUGAAAGCCACAUCUUCUUUGAAGGUGUCCCUGAAUCACGUGACUUUAUUGCUGUCAGUGGAUCAAGGCCCUAACUCCACCUUUCCAUUUAUUAAGUGUCAAAAUAAAAUAUUUAAGUUGACUCGGAAUUCAUCUCCAGUACUAAGCUCAGUGCCAUAUGAAGUAAGAUCAGAGGUAAAAAGAAUCAAGUUGAGUGUUGAUAGUAAAGAAGAGAAAGAGGAAAGCGUUGUUUGUGAACAAUCACUGAAGAAAGAGUAUGUACAGAUGAUUACCGCUGUAACAGCUCUUCCACCGCUUUUAACAUUCAGUAAUUUUUGUUGUGUUGUGCUGCUACAAAUGAGAGAGAAUGGUAAUUCUUCUGAAGCUCAUUAUGUUCAAUGUGGCAGAAUUGUUUUAAGUGUAGAAGAUCUUUCAAGUGGGAAAUACGUGCUGACAUUUCCAGAGAAGAAACCUAUAGAACACAUGGAAGAUCUCUUUACACUUCUUGCAGCAUGGCACAGAGCUUGUUUUCAAAUCACAUCACCCAUGUUUGCUCUGACUUCGGUGAGGGUAUGGCUCUUAGAACACAUGAAGUGUGAAGUCCUCAAAGAAUUUCCAGAAAUUUGCUUUUGCAAAAGGCCAGGAAAUUUCUAUGGGACACUCUUCAACUGGAAACAAAGAACACCAUUUGAAGGAAUUUUAGUAGUCUAUUCCAGGAAUCAAACAGUUUUGUUCCAGUGCCUUCAUGAUCUCAGCACAGUUCUCCCUAUAAACAGUUUCUUCAAAUAUCUAGAGUUAGAAAGUGAGGAUUUUCUAAUUGGUCAUUUGGCAGCAGCUUUGGAGAAGGAAUUGGUCACCCUUACUUCUUCUUCUGCCUUAGUGAAGGUUGAAACGAGCUUGGUGCAGAAUUGUGAAGUAAACAAAGAAAAGAGUAGUGAUGAUGUGACUGCUUUAUCAGACAUAGAGGAAAGCAUCCAUCUCUACAGAAAAGAACUUCAGAGAGAAAAGGAGCAAAUGUUGGGGACGAACUUAAAAGUGAGUGGUGCUCUUUACAGAGAAAUGACUUUAAAAUUAGCUGAAGUUCAGCUGAAAUCAGACCUUGCUGCCAAGCAACUGACAGAUUUAUAAUUAUAUUCUCAGUUUGAUUAUAUUUUAGAAUAUUUUUCCCUGCCAUAGUGCUUUGGUCCUACUUUUUCAUUUUACAUUGUAUGCCUCCUCUGUAAAAUGAAGAUUGAGGCUCACUGUAGAAUCUUUGGUUUUGAAGAUGCAUGAAAUAGCCUGCCUUAGAGCAGCACUUCUCACCUGGGCUCAUUUUGCCUCCCAAAAUGGGCAAAGGGACAUUCAGCUGUGAUUGGAAAUACUGUUUGGUUGUCAAAAGUAGUAGUGGCGGUUGGGGAGAGCAAGAGGUGGGUGCUAUUUGAAUCUCGUGGGUUGAAGCCCAGGGAUGCUGCUAAACUUCCUACCCUGCACAGGACAGCUCCACAGCAAGGAAUGAUCCAGCCCAAAUGUGAGUACUGCUGGGGUGGAGAAAUCCUGCCUUAGCGUUUCCACUUAA